AUGACUCUGCAGACUAUCGUUCGACACACUUUCGAGAGUGUUUCGAUAUGGACUGGAGAUAACCCAAGUGCCGCUACACUACUCAUUUUUGGCGGCGGUGUCAGGAGGGCGCAGCGAGAAAUCAUCGCGCUGUACCUGGAGCGCUCAAAAUCCCUUCCACUCGGCGUUCAUUUGACGGGCGAUCCGUCUUCCGAUACACUGUCCCAGUGGGCUACCGACGGACGUCUGGGCUCCCUCCUGUCUAGCACGGCACGAUGGGAGACGCUUUUUGUGAUCUCUGAGAACGAGGUCAUAGCGGCGAUCUUGCUGCAAUUUUCGGCCGGACAGACGGUCCAGGCGUUCCCUACGCUGCAAACCGUGCAGUUCCGAUACCCUCGCAGGCGCCGAAUCUGUGGGCACCCUUGGGGCGGAGGCGAGGAGAACCUUGCUUAUCCCCCCAGGCUCAACGCGGUGAUUGAUGGGGGAGGGCGGUGGGCGACGCCGGUGUUGACACGCAUGCGCGUGAUCUCGGGGUUCCUGACCAGGGAUUGGCCCAUGUUUUUCUCCUUAGCGAAAGUAACCACCCUCGAGCUGGGCUCCGAUAUGUGGUGGAGCGAACUGUACGAUGUGCUGUCUCGCACGCCUCUCCUACAACGGCUCAAGAUCAGCCGGCAUGUGUCGCACGAAUUCCCUGUGAGUCAGCCGGCUGUCCUCCCGUAUCUUCGCGACGUCCAGCUGUCGUCGGCGGAGCACGGUUCCUUCACAACACGCGUCUUCGCACUCAUGUCCUGCCCGCGCCUCGAACGUCUCGGGCUGGCGCACGUGCCCCCGGAGCCUUUGCCUCUGCCGAGGAACCAGAAAUCCCUGCACACCGUGAUCAUCCACAGCGACGUUCCCCGGUACGCCAAGGGCGACAUCUGCGCGUUCUUCCGGAGCGUGCCCUCCCUCCAGCGGCUGUACCUCAUGGGCGCGCUGGACAUCGGGGAGAUACUGAAAGAAUUGACUGAGGAAAUUCAAGACCCUGAGCGCGACUGGGUGAUCCUGCCGGACCUCUCUGUCCUCGCGAUCUGCCUUGACUAUGGAUUGAGCCCGAUUAGCACGCCGUGCCCGAUCGCACCUGGGGUGGUGAAGGCGUUCCUUGAAGCGCACGGGGGGAUCCGGAGGCUGUAUUUAUCGACGGGAGAGGGAGAGAUAGGGGUGUCUUUAGGAAGAUAUGUGGAGCUUGUUGAGGGGCUGCCGCCGGACUGCGAAAUGGACUUCGAUAAUGUCCACUGA